GUGCUUCAUUGACUCAUAGAUGCGCGAGCCUCGGAGACGAGCAUCAAUCUCCGUCCGUCAACACCGGCAGGAGAGCAGUCCGCGCGGAGAGACGAAGCCGAUAUAUGAACUAUUUGAACAUUUUCUCUGUUGAAAUGUUAAUUUUCCCGGCCUGAGACAGAGCUAAUGUGCACGCGGAGCUGCGACAUUUGCUUAUCUGAUUUAAAAAAAAACCUUCAAACUUUUCCUCCAUGUGGAUAUUUGUGAACUCUGGAUCUCGGUGGUUUGACAUUUAACGGGAUUUUUGGGAAAAAGAAACUCGAGAAGGUGAGAUGAUACGACCCUCUGCCUGCAUGUUUAUUUUACUUUAUUUUAUUCAUUCUGCUCAUAAAACUUUAUUUAUAUCGGUGCUUUGAUUUAAGACAACAAUCAAGACAUGCACCUGUACCUGCAUUUUAGUGCUCAUGUUUUGAGUUUUUCUAUAAAAUCUGCAAUCUUUUUAGUUUUUUAAACGAAUAAUUAAUCUUAAUAAGGGCCUGAAGUAGCCUACAUGUAAGAAAUCAAAUGACCAAAGAAUAUAAAAAUGAAAAACCCUCGUGACUGUUCCUCUGUGUCAAGAGGUAAACAUGGGCCAUAGGCUACCGUUUAUUUACAUUCAUCAACCAAAAAAGUAUUUUCCAAAAAUCUAAAUAAAAAAAUAAUUCAGUCUUUAUCGCCACCUGUGUGUGUGUGUGUGUGUGUGUGUGUGUGUGUGUGUGUGUGUGUGUGUGUGUGUGUGUGUGUGUCGCUCGGCUCGCAGCCCCCUGCGCUCGCGCUCCUGAUAACAGUCCCUCUGCUAAUUGUCCUCCUGUAGAUCUAAUCUGAAUUGUAAUGGAGUUGAUUUGCACACAGUUUGGACGCAUUAACAUGGCGAGAUUGGCCUCCUUCCUGCGGUUAUGGAAAUAAGAGGAUCUUUAUUUAAAGUGUAAACGCCUCAGCUGAGAUCCAGCAGGAGGCCCGCGGCCCCUCUCUGCGCACAACGAGCUGUUGUUUGUCCUAAACGUACCUGCUGCAAGGAACCCCGGUGGAUUAUGGAAAUUCUUAUCCAAAUACAUUGUCUUACACUUAACACAUUGUGUUAUACUAAUACUAACAGUUGAUAAUUGAGGCUGCUAAUUCAAACUGAGGCCAGUGUGUGCAUGUGGACUCCUGCAGGGGGGAAAGUGGGAAUCAGGUUUGUCUAAUCUGAGGCUUUUUAAAAAAAAACUGAUGUAAGACUUCUCUGUAAUUAAACAGGCAGAGACCCUAAAAAGGUCUUAUUACUUACACAUUAUUCAAAAGUAGGCCUUGUCAGUUCAUUACAACUGAAACUGAAUCAUAUGCAGAUAAGCUAUCGUAAUUGACAAUAACAGUCUGCCUAAUUCAUCUCCUUUUAUAUCCUCCUGAAAAUGACUCUUAGAGACGGUAAAUGACAAUAAAUGUAGGAUAUACAUUAUUUCAACAAGCCGUUCAGAUGUAAUGAAAGUCCACGCCUAGACAAACAGACAAGACAGAAUAAAUUAAUCUGAAAAAAAGAGGAUCACACCAUAAAAUUCAACAGGAAAAUCCACCUUAAUGUCUUCAUAAGAUGAGAUCUUAAAAUGUCCCUGUCUGCAUGAAUUAAUGACAAUAAAAAAAAUAAAUAAAUACUCGCUCAGGACUUGAAGUUCCUGCAGAGUCAUCUGAGGUGAUAAAGUCUGGAUUGUGCUGUAAUUUAAAGGCUGAGCUCCACAGGUGGAUUGAAGUGUUUGCUGUUGAAUUAAUGAACUCACGAUGAAGACGUGAGCGAUGUUAGACUGUUACACAAAGAGACAUCCUGAAGGAGCCGUGAGGGGCUCCUUUUUUUCCCUCUUAAAACAGCAGUUUUCUCCCUCAGAUCAGACUGAAGCUGCUCAUGUUUUCACCUUUCAGACUGACAGCAGACUGAUAUUAUCUGUGGAGGCCUGCUGUCUGUUUCACACUAAACACACUAUAACCAGCUUUUUUUUCUUUUCAUUUAUUUUAUUUUAUUUACGGCAAAUUCAUUGAAUGGAAACUCACAUCGUGCUGCUCACUUUCAACACUAACCACGAUAGCCUUAAGGUUUUGGGGACCUUCAUUUGUCUCUUUUAUUUUGGCGUCUAUAGUGUUUCAAUUCACGCAAAAUUCACGUUACGGUUUAGACAGACAUCAGAUCCGUUUGGCUUUUGUUUCCGCGCUUUUUUCCCCCACGGGAGCUCUUCAGUGUAGUUUUAAAAGCCGAAAAGUAUACAGGCCUAAUUCCAACAUAUUCUCGUUUUAAUAGGCUAUCAGAGGGGGAAAUUAUGCAAAGGUUCGGCUUUGCGUAAUUGAGGCUUUCAAUCUAUCAAAUAUGUUUGGUUAAAAGUCAAUGAGGGUUUCUUGGUUAUUAAGAGCUCAGAAUAAAAGUUUGCUGCAAAUUAUUAAGGCCAAUGUUUGAAAAGGGAUUACACUUUUACGUCAGUUCGUGAAAUAAUCACGGAAGUCUGACACGGACUCGAAAAGACUGGCACGAAUUACGAACUAAUUUCUGUCAGUUGUGCGUAAAGAGAAGUCUGAUCGUGGAAAAGUUUGGGUUUCUGUCCAUUUAGGCCUCCACGGUUACGGUAUGCAUGUGGUAUCACGUAGGCUAUUUCUGAAAACUUUUUACCACGCAAACUAACCAAGUUUUUCUCUCCAGCAGGAGUGGACCUGAACCCCGGGAACCAGAGCGUCUGAACACCGGGGACUUGCUCGUUUCUGUCGUGUCCAGACUCCGGUCCUCCUCCCCUAAGCUCAGCAUGAUGUCUUAUCUGAAACAGGCCCCGUAUGGGAUGAACGGACUGGGCCUGAGCGGAGCCGCUAUGGACCUGCUGCACCCGUCUGUGGGAUACCCGGGUACGGAGACAACCUUUACGCCUUAUAUUACAAUAAUAUUAUCAUCCCAGAUUAAAUAUUUAACUCUAUUUAUCGGAGUUUUAUUUAGAUUUCUUGACUUGGUCUCCCUGGAAAGUUUGAUUAUCCGAGUAUUUUCUCCUUCUCGCUGCAAAAUUAUGAUCAUAUUAAGCUUUCCUUUCUUUUUGAUGCCGCUCAAAUGUUAUGGAGAAGACGCAUAUUUCUGAAUUUAUUUAACGCACUGUCGUUUCGUUCGUAAAAACUCACAUCGAACAAGAAAAAAGUUUGUUUUUAUCGACUCUAAAGUUAUAAACAUUUUGUCAGGGAAUGUGUGCAUUUGAAAAAAUUAAAAGCAGCAUAGAUGAAACGAUUGUAAACGAUUGAGCAAGUUUUAAAAACAAAAAUAAAUUGUUACAUUUACGCACGGCAGCCAUCGAGCACAGAGCUACACACUUCGCUUCGAGCAUUGUUGAUGAAGAGUUUCAUAUAUUUUUCUUACAUGUUAAGGGUGAAGAAUGACCUUUAAAUAGAGUGAAAAUUUAAAAAUGCACUUUUAUCUUACAGGAAACCCUCGGAAGCAGCGCAGGGAGCGCACCACCUUUACGCGCACUCAGCUGGACAUCCUGGAGUCUCUGUUCGCCAAAACACGUUACCCAGACAUCUUUAUGAGGGAGGAGGUGGCUCUGAAGAUCAACCUGCCCGAGUCCAGAGUACAGGUGAGACAGACUACAUGAUAGGGAUUAAAGUUGAUAUUGAAAAGAAAAAAAAAACUUAAUUUUUGCAAACUUCUUAAAGUAUUUAAAUAUAUUAUUUAAGGCAAAGAGAUGAUUAAAGCUACGAUUUUAUUCCUGAAUAACAAAGUGCAUGCCCUUACUUCUGUAAAGUUCCUACCGCAAUUAGACAAUAAGAAGACAGUGUAAGUUUUUUUCUAUAUCUAGAGGUGUGUUCAGUCUGCUGAUACAAGACAUUCAAACAGGAACUCUCCAGCAAAUCAUCCCUAAAAACAUAAAACUGCCUGAAAUUUAAAACGUUUUAUUUAAGACAUUUGAGAGCGUAAAUGAUUUUUGGCUCUAAUUUUAAAUAAGCCUUUGUAAAGUUUAAUCCACAUAGACUGUAUUUAACCUUUUGGGAAAGAGAAAAAAAUUAGGGCUGACAGUUAAAAAAAGGAAAAGGAGUAGCAUGAAACUGGAGCCGCUCAAAGAGAAAGAGGGGCUUGAAUUUCAUCACAGCUAAUAGUUCCCAAUUGCUGUGAGAGUUUUUCACCUGGACUUUCAGUUUCUCACCUCAAGCCUCUGCUCCAUUAGCUCCAAUGUUUUAGGAGAAGUCGAGUCAUUAUUACCAAUCGAGUAGAAACACGUCUGCACUCCGAAGGGAAAUUUGGCACAGAACAGGAGGAAAUUUAGAAAAGACUCAGAGAGGUUUCACAGCCUGGCUCUUUGAGGCUCUCCCCUGCUAAGAGCUCCAAUUAUGGCCUCUGUAGCUCUGCAGCUCUGCUUUCUGCUGACAGGAGAAAACUUUGACUCCUGAGUGUGCUUAUUUUCUUGGAUAUUCUUUUUCAUAUUUAUCUGUAUGAAUGACUCCUUAGUUUUAUGACAGUUUUGCAGUUUCUAAAAAUGAUACACUAACCAACAAGCUCGGUUUAAGCACAUAAACAAAACUGCUGCACAUUUUAGGGCUCAGCUUUUCUUUUAAUUUAUAGACAGAUUUAAAAGUCUGGAUAUUUAAUGUUUUUAUAAUCAACAGAAAUGUUGUAAUCUGAUUACGCCUUCAGUUUAUGGUAUUUUAACCAUCUACCAAAAGGAAGAAAGAAAGCAAGUUUAAUCCUGCUGUGAUUAAAUGAAAUUAAAAAACUGUAAAACAUCACUUAAAAGCUGAUUUUUAUCAUCAUUUAUUUUUCCAAAGGCAUAAAAGAAGCCCCCAAAUCCUUUCAUUAUUCAUAUUUCAUUGGUCAGCAUGUAAAAACUCAGACUUAAAUUGUUAAAUUGAACGUUUUCGUACAUGAUGUGCACUUUUCUUUCAUUUAAUACGUUUGUAUUUUAUCAAAUAAUUUUGGUGUCUUGUGACUUUUACGGAUUUUUAUUAAACAUUUAUUCUCCUUUUUUAAUUUAAAAAACAUUUUAGCGUUCAGUGUUAAAUGUUUUUUGUUUAAUGAAAAAAUGUUCAUGUUUUGUGACAUUUUUUUGUUUUUAUGAGACACUGUUGUAUUUCUAAAGAUUUUUUCCUUUCAUGUGAUAUUUUUUGUUUUCAUUAAAUGUUUAUCUAUUUUAUGGUGAUUUUUUGUCUCACGAAAUAAUUUUAUCACGUUUUAUGAAUUUUUCAUUUAAAGAAAUGUUUCGACAUUUCAUAAUUUUUGCCCCGUAUAUCGUAUUUUUUUUAUGCACUACGACAUUUUCAGCAUUACAUGGCUUUUUUGUUUUAUGAAAUAAUUAUACAUUUCUUGAAAUAUUUUGUUGUUUUGUAAAAUGUUUUCUGUUCAAUGAAAUGUUUUUGUAAAAAAAAAAAAAUCACGCAUGUGAUAACUUUGCAUUUGGUGAAACAGUUUAAUUUAGGGGAAUACUUUGAAGAUCCAGUGUUUUUUUUCCCGUCAUUGUUCUGUUGACCUUCAGGACCACUGCAGAUUUAUAUACCGUUUUGCUCUAAAUUAGGAGCUCAUUUGUUUUUUCCAUUAAAUCAUGAUGUCUUGCCUUGCACUUUUUCCAUAGAGAAGCUUCUUUUUUUUAAUCUCACAGAGUCUGGAUAAACUGCAGUGAGCUGUAGAGGUCAUAGGUCAGAGCCCCUGCCCUCAGGAGCGUCACAUGAUCAGGAACAGUUCAGAUAUCUACAGUGCUCACUUGUUUGUUUCUGACAGCUCACUCUGCUCUCUUAUGACCACAAUAUGACGCUGACCUUUGACCUCUCCUCCUCCCCCAGGUCUGGUUUAAGAACAGACGGGCAAAGUGUCGGCAGCAGCAGCAGAGCAGCGGCAGUGCCAAGGUCAAACCCAUGAAGAAGAAGUCGUCUCCGACCAGAGAGAGCACGGGCUCGGAGAGCAGUGGUCAGUUCACCCCGCCCGCUGUGUCCAGCUCCUCUUCCUCCACUUCCUCCUCUUCCUCUUCCUCCUCUUCCUCCUCCAUCACCUCUGGUCUUGGCGGUUCCGGUCUUAUCAGCACCUCUACCUCCGUCACCGCUCCAGUGUCAUCCAUCUGGAGCCCAGCACCCAUCUCCCCUGCGCCAGCUCCACCUGUGCUGCCUGACCCUGCAGCCCCCACCAGCGCCUCCUGCAUGCAGCGCUCCGUGUCCUCCUCCUCCUCCAGCGGGGGGACGCCCUCCUACCCAGUGUCCUACAGCCAGACUGCAGCGGCGUACAGCCAAGGUUACCCCACCUCAGCAUCAGGCUCUUAUUUUGGCGGGGUGGAGUGUGGCUCAUAUCUAGCACCCAUGCACUCCCACCACCAUCCACACCACCCACACCAGCUCAGCCCCAUGACAGGCAGCUCCAUGUCAGGACACCCACACCACCACAUCACGCAGACACCAGGACACCACCACCAUCACCACCACACGCCACACCACCACCAGGCAUACAGCGCACCCGGCCUCGCCUUCAACUCCUCAGAGUGUCUGGAUUACAAAGAGCAGACAGCGGCGGUGGCAGCGUCUGCGUGGAAACUAAACUUCAACGCCUCUGACUGUUUGGACUACAAAGACCAGGCCUCAUGGCGCUUUCAGGUGCUGUGACUUUCUUUUUCUCUGCUCAAAAGAAGUGUUGUUUUGUUGUCGGUGGUUUGUUUUUAAAGGAUGGACUAACACUAGAAACAUUGGAGAACGUUUUAUUUGAAGUGGCGCACAGAGAUCUAGUCGUCCUGGAUUAUUUUUCUAAACUUUUCCUGAACUUUCCAGAAACUGAGCCGUUUUGAUGACCUUUCACAGGAACACUUCAGGAUCUCGUAGCUUUUCCUCCUGAUCGGGAUUAUUGCUCCUCUGAAAUUAGAAUUAAGACUCGUUUUCUCCAAACAUGAUGCUGCUAUGGCCCCCAAGUCACUGAUGUUCACUUCCUGACUUGACUCGUGUUCAGAAACUUCUCGUCUGCUGGGUGUCGUCUGGUGGACACUGAGUCGCAGCACUUGUUUAUAGAGUGAAAAGUUUUGAUCUUUGCAGAGGAAAGAGGAUAAAAAUGUGAAUUAGACACGUAAUGUCAGUAUUGCAUUGAAAUUUGAGAGAUGUACAUUCGUGUUUUUAUAAUAAAGUCUUCUUAAAACACGA